AUGGAGGUGCUGAUUGAACGGCAGUCCAUAACGCUAGCUACAUCGAUGACAGCUACUUUCGUCCUCGUCACAUUCAUGCUCUGUAGCAUGUGCUAUGGGACGAUACUGAGAUUUCUGGUCAAAAAUCGGUUCAGUAAAUAUGCGGGUGUCAGUCCUAUACGUGAGCCUGCACUCUCCAUUUAUCACCCUGAGCAUCCACUCCCUUGA